AUGAUCUCCAGAUGGCCGUGGUUCUCGAGGGAGAUCACGACUGUAGACAAUUUAGCCACAUUGAUACCUCCUGAAAGUGAACUGAAGAACUACGUAGAGUGUCUCAUGGGGUAUGAGAACAAGCUGCUUGGGUGGUGCGGCACUGCGGAGUCGACUUUCCGCCUUCAAGGCGUACUCGGAAUCAAGGUGGCCAGCCCAGGUUCUGCUGAGAUAUCAGUUGUGGAGCAGAGCAAUGCACCGAGUGCGGGCAUUGUACCAUGCUCCAUGCGCCCUAAUAAGAUGCUGAAAGGAUACAACAAGCUUUCGAAUUGGGUUGGCCAUUUAUUCGAGCUGCGCAUGGUGUUCGACAGUCUGGACGAGACACCUGAGUUGGAAGCAAAGGCAGGCCCUUUGAUGUUGGUCAUGUUCAUCCACCGAACCAAGAGAAAUAUCAACACCUCAAAAAUCAUCAUGAAUUUUCUUGUCGCGGCCCUUCACUUGGCAUUCCUCAAAGGCAAUAAGUUCCAGCCCGAAGAAUUGCCAGACAUUCCGGACAACCCAGAGAGCCUUCCUGAUGAUUGUGUCUUCAAGCAGGAGCUCCUCGCUAUUCAGGAAGGCAGCAGCCCUACCAAAGGCUAUGCGUUGCGCUCACUGCUGCACCUGGCCUUGCUUAUCUCUCACCUGUUCCUCCUCAAUGAGACGCAGUUGGCAAAUCAGGUGUUCACCUGUGAUACAGUCCUGGAGUAUUCGGCUGCCCAAGGGAACAUGAAGACUCCUACGCUCCUCACGGUUGAAGGGGCGAUCGAGGAAACUGUGGCCAAUGCCAGACAAAUCCCAUCAAGGAGAUUAAAGAUCUCUUCAAGAUUGGGUGAGUUCUUUGGCCUCCAUUGUGUCUGUCUGAACACUCAGCCUUGGACCUCAGAGACCGGGUUCCAACUGCCUAGGAUUGAACAGGGCACAAUCCAGGAAGUCUCUCAGCCACUCGCCGGUUCAAGGACUCUGCAGAUCGCACCAGCACUCCCGCUUUUGUCAAUCUCACAGGCGGUAGCAGCGGUGGUGAUCCAAGAAGGGUUUGAGCCUGCGGCGCCAUUGCACACUUCCCAGAAUGUUGCAUCUACCUUGUCGAAUUCUCCAGCUCCAUCUGGCUCGAGUAUGGCACCCCCAACAUCCCCACUUAUAACGUCUCAGGCACCGGACAAGGACGGGAUGACGACUGAUCUGAGCAGCCCCCCUGUGGCUAUGCACGGCUCGACGCAAGCUCUUUUGCACCCAGUCAUGGUCGAACAAUGGGACACGAGAAUCCUGGCAGCAGACCAAGAUGGGGGCGACAUUGAUCGCUCGUUCAACGCAAUCACGAUGCGAAAAGUGACUGCUGCAGGCCCUCCAAUAGCUGAGGCCUCUGCAACACUAGCUUAUAAUGAGCAGCAGGAGCCAUCCCUCCUCAUCGACCUGACCGGCGACGACGAGAGCGAGGUAUCCGGCGAGGGUUCAAGCAAGGACGAGGAUGGUCUACCCGGGCCAAGAGGGAGGGGCACACGGACCAGUAGUCAGAGAUCUCUCUCUAGUGAUCUCACAAGCGACCUCACAAGCGAUGACUCUGAGAUAGACGAUGACGUGGAGGCCGACAAUGGACCAUGUAAAGAUGUGAAAAUGCCUGGUCUUGACACCGGCUAUGCUGAGAACGUGGGAGCAUUGACCAACACGCUAGAGAAGAGAGUUUGCUUCAUUCUUUUACCCACCGAUACCCACGGUCAGCAAGAUGCUGCUUUGGAAUUAAUGAAGGUGGAUGGCAAGGGGAAACAAACAAACAAACCUCCUCCACCUAGGAAGCCACUUCACCUGACCCCAAAAAAAGGAGGUGGAGGCUUCUCUGGACCUGACAACUUCAGGCGUCACAGCGCCCAAGGGUCAAGACAGACUAGUGUAAAGAAGCUGGAAUCUGCGCAACCACGCACCUUCUACGGCCCACAUGGGGAGGCAUAUGAUCUGCUGCCACGCUUGCACUUUGGGAGAGAGCUGGCCCUUGUUGAGUUCUUCUUUGACAAGAUAGAAGCAAAUUAUGUAGACGGUGGUCCAAAGCACAUGAAGCAGCCUCAGGAAUCGGUGUUGGAGGUCAUGACAUUUGAAACGUACAGGGCCAAGUCCAGCCGGGACAUUCUUGAGAUACUGUGCCAUAAGGAUGUGAUCGCCAUCACCAAAAUGCCAUUCAAGAAGGUCUCUUUCAACAAGAAAGGGCUGCAGACUUUGCAGCAGUCUUUCAAGAAUACAAUCUCCAUCCAAGCCUCGCAGGACCAGGAAGGCAAGGUUUUGAACGCGCUGGAUUUUCCAUUUGCUCAGUCACUCCAGUCACUUUACCCCCAUACCUGUCAAAGACAUACGCUGGGGCUGGCUGCAUUGGCAUGGGCAUUGACCUAUUGGCACAUUGACAGCGACAGUUUCAACACCCUUAUUGAUGUCCUGUGCGGUUCAAAGCUCUGGAUCUUUGGGGUUAGUUCCAGAGACAUGAGUGCCAUGAUCGAAAGGUUCUUGCAGCCAGAUUUUGAGCUAGAACAGCCGAAUGCGGGGGAUCUGGAUGGACCUCUCCCCAAGUGUCUGGCCGAUUUAGAGAUUGGGAAUAGGAUCUGGGAUCUCGAGGCCGUCCUCCUGCCACCAAACACCUGGCUGUAG